CCUGACCCUGGAGGGGACACACUGGUGGCGUCCCCAGGUGCACACAGGUGACAUCCCCAGGUGCACGGUGGUGGCAUCCCCAGGUGCCCAUCUGGGUCAACACGGGGAGCUGGGGUGGGGGGAUGAUUUUCGGGUACGCCUCCCCACUGCUCCCACCCCUCCUGCACACAGGGGGGGCACACCAGUGCAUGAAGGGGGGGGGGCAAACAGGCUGCAUGUCCGGUGUCCCCCCGUGCCCCCCCUGCGUCCCCACCCUGCAUGUGCCCCCCUGCAUGUGUCCCCCCCCCAGCAUGUGCCUCCCCAUGGCUUCUGAGAGCUGCAGCCAGUGUUUGUGGUGCCGCGAAACACUCGGCGGGUCUUAAACCACCCCCACACCAAGGGCUACCACUGGCCCCUUUCCAGGGGUCCCCCUCUCCCGCCCCCCAAUUCGGCUCUGGUUUAAACCCCCACCUCUCAGCACCCGCCUGCUUUCAGAGGAGGGACCAGGACCCUUGGGGACACCCUGCUAGGGACUCCUGAGGAGAGACAGGGCCAAGGGGGAGGGAUGUGUGGGUCAUCUCCCCCUCCUUUGGUGCCGAUGGGUGCCCUGCUGUCACUGGACUUGUCACCACACAUCUCCCCCCAGCUUGUGAUGCCAGCCAGGGGAGGCGUCCCUCAGUGUGGAGGAAUGAUGAGGCUGCUCAAGAUGACACCCCCUGCCCUCCACACCCCCACAACCACUUGUGCCCCACCACGUCCCCAUCACGCCCCAUUCCUCCACUGGCCAGAGAUCGUAGUAGCAGUGACAGAUGCUCAUACCCGUGCCCGUCCUUGUCCCCCUCCAGGGAGACAGGGGGGGCACAGGCGGCUGUCCCUGCCCCCUGUACUCAACUCAUCUUUUUUAUGUUCUUUUUUUAUGUUUUUCCCCUUUUCCUCCUUUCCCCCCUCCCCAUUUCUCUCUUGCCCCCCUCCCCACUCCUCUCUCUCGCUUUCCUCUCUGCAUUUCUCCAAGCUAAGAGCUUACUGAACAAGAAGGCGGACGGCGUCAAGCCCCAGACCAACAGCACCAAAGGCAGCGCCGGCGUCACCAGCCCCAAGGGGACCCUCCCGCCCACCGCUCUGGAGCCUCAAAGUACCGUAAUCCAUAACCCUGGGGACGGCGCCAAGGAGUCCUCUGACAGCACCAACACCACCAUCGAGGACGAGGACACCAAAGCCCGCAAGCAGGAGAUCAUCAAGAUCACGGAGCAGCUCAUCGAGGCCGUCAACAACGGCGACUUCGAGGCCUACGCUGCUCUCCAAGAACAACAAGCCGAUCCACACCACCAUCCUGAACCCGCACGUGCACGUUAUCGGCGAGGACGCGGCGUGCAUCGCCUACAUCCGCCUGACGCAGUACAUCGACGCGCAGGGCCGGCCCCGCACCAGCCAGUCCGAGGAGACCCGGGUCUGGCACCGCCGCGACGGCAAGUGGCAGAACGUGCACUUCCACGGCUCGGGGGCCCCCGUGGCCCCGCUGCAGUGAAGAGCUGGCGGUGGCUGUCCUGGUUCCAGCCCGAUGGAGACGGCGAUGGGAGCCGAGGCGGCAGCCGGAGCUGCGGCCCCCCGAGCACGCGUCCGCAUGCCUGUCCCCCCUACCCCGGCCCCGCUCCCCCCUCCGGUGCCUGUGUUUGCAGAAAACAAAAAGACAAAAAAAAAAAAAAAAACCAAAAAAUCGCCAAAAUGAUGAAGACCACAAAAAAAAAAAAAAAAAAAAAAAAAGGAGAAAAAAAAGAAAAAAAAAGGGGGAAAACCCACCAAACCCACCUCAAUCCCAAACCCCCACCCACACCCCCAAAUCCAACCCAGCCGCUCGGCCACAGGCGAGGGCGCUGGGGGGCUCAGCCCCCCCCCUUGGCCCGUCUCUGCUGGGGGGGAAGGGGGGUCCCGGCCCCCCUCCCGGCUGUGCUCAUGGCGUGUUGCUGUCGCUGGUGGUGGAUGUUGUUCUUUGGGCUCCGCUUUGCUCUGUCCUGCCCCAGCCCCUGUACAUAGAGAGAGCUAUUUAUUUUUGAAUUCCCACGGGGGUCCCCAGCAACGGGGGGCUGCCAGGGGGUGAGUGAGGUGGGGGGGACAGGCAGAGACUCUCUCCCCUCCAGCCCAGUCCAGUGCCUCCCCUGGGAGUGCUGCCCGUGGGGGCCCGAGGCUGACCCUGGGCGCUGCUGCGCGGGGAACACGAGGGUGCCUUGGGGAGGGUCCACCAGUGGCACCCCCGUGUCCCCACCCCGCUGCUCCCCAGCCCAGCACCCCCUGUCACGGGUGCCAACUCGGGGUGCUGGCAGUGUCUGGCAGGGGGGACGUGGGUGCCACAUCAGGGGGCAGAGGGCAGCUGGGGGGUGUUGGGUUCGGGGUGGGGGGCUCAGGACGAUCCAGCCAGCACUGACGCAGCAUUGAAAGCACUUUAGACUAAGAGAAUGGGUCUCUUAGGGGGCACAGGCUGCUCCGCCGGGCACCCCAGCGCGGGGGCACCGGCAGCACACCCUGCACCCCCCUCCCACGGCCAGCGCCCGGGGGGACCCGGCCCCCCCAGCCCCCCAGCCCCGGGGAGGCUCCAAUCCACGCCAGGUACUCCCCACCCCUUCCCCAGGGCAUCCCCACCACGCUGAGGGCUGGUUUUGGCUGGGGGGAGGG